UAGAACCCAAAGAUCCAGACAACUGUAAGGAGGAGGCGACUUUUCGCAGAAAAUAGAUUUGGGCCGAGAAGGCCUCUGGGAAAUGUAGUCCGGGGCAGGAAAACUGCGGACCUUUUCAGAUUCUUCUCAGCACCAAGCGGCACUCCCAGGCUCCGAGGGCCGGACUCACUGGAGGCAGCUGCCGCAAAACUCUCAGCUGAGGCCACUCGGCAGAUCUGAGAGCCCCUCAACACAGCGGUUGGUUAUUCCCGCUACUCGUCAACUGGAGGGCCAGUCCCGCCCCGGCGAGCCGCGAGGGGCUCUGGGAAGAGUUAUCCUGCGUCUAACGGACCGAGGCUUGUGCUGCCUUCGGCUACAGCCGGCACUGACCUUAAUGGAUUACCUAACUCGGGCUGCACCGGCUGUGCCACUUGGGCGGCGCUGAGGUGCGGAAUUGGGGCCUGUGUCUGCGGGCUCGGUGGUUCUUCAGGUACUGAGGAUUCAUUCAUUCAUCCACUCACCAUUUAUUGAAUGCUGCGUGUGACAGGAAUAAUUAUAGAUGCUUGGGAUAUAACAUUGAACAAAGGAGACAAACUCUCUGCUAUCAUGGUACUUACAUUGUCGUGGACCAGAUAAUAAAUGAGCUCUGCCUUCUCAGGCCCAGUCCACUCCCAGAAAGAAAAGGAAAUGACUGAGUUGCAGGAAACAGUGACAUUCAAAGAUGUGGCUAUUGACUUCACUGAGGAAGAGUGGCAGCAGUUGGAUCCUGCUCAAAGGAACCUGUACCGGAAUGUGAUGCUAGAAAACUAUAACAACUUAAUCACUGUGGGAUGUCCAUUCACCAAACCUGAUGUGAUUUUCAAGUUGGAGCAAGAAGAACCAUGGGUGGUGGAGGAAGAAGUGUCAAAGAGACAUUGUCCAGGAGAAAUAUGGGGGAUGGAUGAGCAUCAGAAAAUCCAGGACAGACUUUUGACACAACUUGAAGAUAAAUUCACAAAAAAACUGACUGAAGAAAAAGUGAAUGAAUGUCAUAAGAAAUUUGCAAAUGCAUUUUCUCCAAACUCAGACUUUUUUCCUUCCAGUCACAAUCUCUAUAAAUACGACUUAUUUGGAAAGUGUUUAGAACAUAAUAAUUUCAACUAUUAUAAUAAUGAGAGAAUCCUUAUAAGAAAAGAACUUUGUGAAUAUAAUGAACCUAUGAAAUCACUUGGCAAUAGCUUAUACCAUCUUGUAGUAACCCCCUUUAAGUGUAAUCAUUGUGGAAAAGGUUUUGAUCAAACUUUGGACCUCAUCAGACACCUGAGAAUUCAUACUGGAGAGAAACCCUAUGAAUGUAAAAAAUGUAGAAAAGCCUUCAGCCAAAAGGAAAAACUCAUUAAACAUCAUAAAAUCCACAGUAGGGAGCAGUCUUAUGAAUGUAAUGAAUGCGGGAAAGCUUUCAUUAAAAUGUCAAAUCUCAUUAGACAUCAGAGAAUCCAUACUGGAGAGAAACCCUAUGCAUGUAAGGAGUGUGGGAAAUCCUUCAGCCAGAAAUCAAAUCUCAUUGAUCAUGAAAAAAUUCAUACUGGAGAGAAACCUUAUGAAUGUAAUGAGUGUGGAAAAGCAUUCAGCCAGAAGCAAAGCCUCAUUGCACAUCAGAAAGUUCAUACUGGGGAGAAACCUUAUGCAUGUAAUGAAUGUGGUAAAGCCUUCCCUCGAAUAGCAUCUCUUGCUCUUCAUAUGAGAAGUCAUACAGGAGAGAAACCUUAUAAAUGUGAUAAAUGUGGAAAAGCCUUCUCUCAGUUUUCCAUGCUUAUUAUACAUGUGAGAAUUCAUACAGGUGAGAAACCUUAUGAAUGUAAUGAAUGUGGAAAAUCCUUCUCUCAAAGCUCAGCCCUUACUGUACAUAUGAGGAGUCAUACUGGUGAGAAACCUUAUGAAUGUAAGGAAUGUAGAAAAGCCUUCAGCCACAAAAAGAACUUCAUUACACACCAGAAGAUUCAUACUAGAGAGAAACCUUAUGAAUGUAAUGAAUGUGGGAAAGCUUUCAUUCAGAUGUCAAAUCUUGUUAGACACCAGAGAAUUCACACUGGAGAAAAACCAUAUAUAUGUAAGGAAUGUGGCAAAGCCUUUAGCCAGAAAUCAAAUCUCAUUGCUCAUGAAAAAAUUCAUUCUGGAGAGAAACCCUAUGAAUGUAAUGAAUGUGGUAAAGCCUUCAGCCAAAAGCAAAACUUUAUUACACAUCAGAAAGUUCACACUGGAGAGAAACCUUACGAUUGUAAUGAAUGUGGUAAAGCCUUCUCUCAAAUUGCUUCCCUUACUCUUCAUCUGAGAAGUCACACAGGGGAAAAGCCUUAUGAAUGUGAUAAGUGUGGGAAAGCUUUCUCUCAGUGCUCAUUGCUUAAUUUACAUAUGAGAAGUCAUACAGGUGAGAAACCCUAUGUAUGUAAUGAAUGUGGAAAAGCUUUCUCUCAAAGAACUUCCCUUAUUGUACAUAUGAGAGGUCAUACAGGUGAGAAACCUUAUGAAUGUAAUAAAUGUGGAAAAGCCUUCUCCCAAAGUUCCUCCCUUACUAUACAUAUACGAGGUCAUACAGGUGAGAAACCCUUCGACUGUAGUAAAUGUGGAAAAGCCUUUUCUCAAAUCUCAUCUCUUACACUUCAUAUGAGAAAACAUACAGGUGAGAAGCCUUAUCAUUGUAAUGAGUGUGGUAAGGCUUUCAGCCAAAAGUCACACCUUGUUAGACACCAGAGAAUUCAUACUCAUUAGGAAUAGAAACUCUAUGAAUCUUGUGAAUAUGGAAAAGCCUUCGGAAGGAGUUAGCACCUCCUUGCACAUUACACUAUUGGAUCCAGAGCAGAAAACUUGAAUGUGGGAAAGCCGUUUGAAGAAGUCACAUUUGUGACACAGUUCUUACCAAGGUGACAAAUUGUAUAAUGAGAAAGCUGAUCGUCAAAAAUCUUCAGCAGACAUCUUAUCUAAUGAUAAUAUUUAUCCAGCAUUCUCUUUAAAACCUGAAAUAAGAUAUUUUCAUCAGCAUGUCAGCAUGAUACUUGAGCUCCUAGCCAAUCUCUUAACCAAGAAAAAGAAGAUUGGAGAAAAAAAAACUCUUAAAAUAACCUCUCAUACUAGAAUAGUUAAUUAGAAAAUAUCUUGAUAUAAAAUAUCUGAGAAUAAACAAUAAUGAAUUACAAGACACAAAUAUAUAAAGUUAUAAAACAUUUUGAAGGUCACAAAAGGUCACACUUGAAAUUUUGAGAAAAAUAACAUUUUCUGAAAAGACUUGACAUGGUAAAAAAAUACAUAAAUUUUCUCACAAAUCACUAAGUUUAAAGUACUUCCACUCAAAGUUUUUACCAGUUAGUUAUAUUUUAAGAAUUUCAUGAACUGAUUCAAUAUUUUAUAUGGGAAUAUAAAGGGCCACAAAUAGCUGAAACAAACGUGAAAAAAGAGAAGAUAGACUACUAGAUAUCAUUGCAUAUUUAUUCAAAGCUUGUAGCAUUUAAACAGUGUGUUCUUUAUGAGUAAAUAAAUCAGUGGAAACAAAUUGAAGACUGGAGGAAAGACAUGGGAAUUUUGUGUAUUAUAGUGCUAUUGAAAUCAUUGGAAAAAGGAUGGCCUAGUCAAUAAAUGGAAGAUUCAUAUGAACAAAAAAUGUUAGUUCUUUAUACCAUAUACAAAACUAAAACCCAGAUUGAAGACUAGAAUAUAAAAAGCAAAAUUCUAUGUAAUGAAAAAAUAGACUAUAGUUACUACUUUAGAGUAACAGGAUUUCUUUAAAAACACAUAAAUAUGGAACAUUCAAUUCUACUUUGGUGUAUUGGCUUCAGAGGCACCCACAUAUAUGCACAGAGAUGCAUGUGUUCAUGCAUCUCUUUAUGCUCACUGCAUUAUGGUUUGUAUUACUCUAAAUUGAAAAGACCAUACAUUUCCAUUAGUAGAGGAAUAGAUUGAUACAAUGUGAUUAUUUGUAUGAUAGAACACAAUAUUUAAAGAUACAAAUUUGAUAUAUCAUUACAUGGAUAGAUCACAUAAUAUUGACAGAAAAAAGCAAAAUGUACAAUGAAACAUGGUAUAACAUUUCUAUAAAUUUAAUAAAACAAUGCAAAGAACAGUACUGUGUAUUGAUCAUGGAUACAUAUAUGACAUUGGUUGCCUUUUAGGAAGUGAA